CUGCAGAUUUCACGAAGAAAAAAUUGCAGGGAGAGGGAAGAAUGGCAACAGAGGCGUCGGCGGAGGCCAUGGCUACGGUGGCCGAUAAGGCACAAGUCACUGCAGAGCGGAAGGUUCGAAACGAUCUCGAGACGAAGCUCCCAAAGCCAUAUUUAGCGAGAGCUUUGACGGCACCUGAUUCGGAGAACAUCAAUGGAACUUGGGGCCACAAACACAAUGGAAUGUCAGUGCUUCAACAGCACGCAGCCUUCUUUGAUCAAGACAACGACGGCAUCAUCCGCCCUUGGGAUACUUACCGAGGAUUUCGAGCACUGGGAUUCAAUGCCAUCGUAUCUUUCUUCUUUAUGGUUUUUAUUCAUGCAGCACUGAGUUAUGCUACCCUCCCCACAUGGAUACCUUCACCUUUCUUCCCAAUACAUGUACGAAACAUCCACAGGGCAAAGCAUGGAAGUGAUUCAGGAACCUAUGACACUGAAGGAAGAUUUGUUCCAGCACAACUUGAGAAUAUAUUCAGCAAAUAUGCCCGUACUUCGGCUGAUAAGCUUACAUUGAGAGAGAUCUGGCACAUGACCCAGGCUAACCGUGAUGCUUUGGAUUUCUUUGGCUGGUUUGCAAGUAAACUGGAGUGGGGAGCUCUAUAUGUUCUUGCGAAGGACGAAAAUGGGUUCUUAUCAAAGGAAGCUGUGAGGCGUUGCUUCGAUGGCAGCCUAUUUGAAUACUGUGCCAAAAUCCAUAAAGGUGCUGUUGAUAAAACAGGAGAAUGGAUUUUGAGAUGGAUGAACAAAUGAAGGACGAAAAGAACAUGGAAGAGGAAGAUGACUAUGUUGAAUCUCAAAGAUUUUUCUGAACAAGGGAAAGGCUUCUGCCGAGUUGGAGAAAUCAAGGCUUGCUGAAGCCAAGCCCAUCUCCUUGUAAAGGCAUUUCAAACGGCGGGGAAGAGGUGGCGGGCGACGAAAUUCACCGAGAAAGAGAAGAACAAGGAGAUGAAAAGUAUACCCACCGUUAAAAAAAAAGAUUAUUAAAUUAAUAUAAAUUCCUACUCGGCUAAAAAGAGUUAGUCCACUAACGCUAUCGCUCAUGACUUGUAUUGUGGUCGGAGGACCAUUUUGUAAACUUCAAAGACUAAAAAGUGUUUAUUUUGAAAUUCAGAACUAAAUAGACACUUGCUUCAAA